GGGUGGAUCUUGGUGUCUACAACAGGGCAGUUUGAUCCAAAACGUUCUAAAAGCUAUGUGGUUUGACCUGUGGGUGCUGUUGUCCACAAAAACGUUUGGGAAGAUGUCUAUUUGAAAAUAUUCACAGAAUAUGUACUCACCGCAAUUUAUGUUUCUCUGCCUAUGGUAGUCUAUGUCAAAAUGAUUCGGAAUCUGAGCAGCGCGUCAUUUGCUGCUUUAUCUGCAACCGUGCCAAAGUCCCCCGCGACUUGCUUAACUAGGCUCGUGCACAGUAGGACGUACGAUGUGGCUGUGAUCGGCGGAGGUAUCGUGGGGCUGGCUUCAGCCAGGGAACUCAUCCUCAGACAUCCCACGCUUAGCUUCAUUCUGCUAGAGAAGGAGAAGGAGCUGGCCUUGCACCAGAGCGGACACAACAGUGGCGUGAUCCACAGUGGUAUCUACUACACCCCCGGGUCUCUGAAGGCCCGUCUGUGUGUCAGAGGGGCCACCAUGGCCUACAAGUACCUGGACAAGAAAGGGCUCCCCUACAAGAGGUGUGGAAAGCUGAUCGUGGCUGUAGAGCGAGAGGAGAUCCCUAGACUGAAGGCCCUGUACGAGCGAGGCCAGAAGAACAAUGUGCAGGACCUCACCAUGAUCGACGCCAAGGGGAUCCGCGAGAGGGAGCCCUUCUGCCGGGGUCUGAUGGCCCUGGACUCGCCCAACACCGGCAUUGUUGACUGGAGGCAGGUGUCCCUGGCGUAUGCCAAAGACUUCCAGGAGGCCGGAGGAACCGUGGUCACGGGGUACGAGGCAAGCGACAUCGCCAUGGCGAAGGAAAGCCCGGCUGGGGCCACGGAAGGAAUGAAAUACCCCAUCGCCAUUAGAGAUUCUAAGGGGACAGAGGUCAGAUGCCAGUACGUGCUGACCUGUGGAGGUCUCUUCUCUGACCGUCUCUCUCAGAUCUCUGGCUGCAGUCCAGAGCCUCGCAUCGUCCCCUUCAGAGGGGACUAUCUGGUCCUGAAGCCAGAGAAACACUACCUGGUCAAAGGCAACAUCUACCCUGUGCCUGACCCAAAAUUUCCUUUUCUGGGGGUACACUUCACCCCACGAAUGGACGGCAGCGUUUGGUUGGGCCCCAACGCCGUCCUGGCCUUCAAACGAGAGGGAUACAAGAUGUACGACUUCGACAUUCGGGACUUUGGCAAUGCACUAUUUUUCAGGGGUCUACAGAAGCUGGUUUUGAAGAACCUUGCGUACGGUGUUGGUGAGAUGUACAGAGGGGUUUUCAUUGGCGCUCAGGUCAAGAUCCUACAGAGGUUCAUCCCAGAGCUCUCUCUGAGAGACGUACUCAGGGGCCCAGCGGGCGUACGGGCCCAGGCUCUGGAUCGGGAUGGGAACCUGGUGGAUGACUUUGUGUUUGACGGCGGCGUCUGUGACGUAGGCAGCAGGGUCCUGCACGUGCGCAACGCUCCAUCGCCGGCAGCUACGUCCUCCCUGGCCAUAGCGGAGGUGGUGGCAGACGAGGCGGAGCGGCGGUUCCUUCUCUAGCAGCUCGGCAGAGCAUGUCCCAGACGGAUCCCUGUUCCCCACCUGAUGGUUCUGGUUUAGAUGGGGGGGGGCUGAUCCCAGACCUGAUUGUUCUGGUUUAGAUGGGGGGGCUGAUCCCAGACCUGAUUGUUCUGGUUUAGAUG